CCUUGAGUCCCAUCUGUAAACGUUAAUAACAAAAAUACAAUCGUAUAAUUACUGAUAAACUUAAUAUCAUAAACUUGUAAAAAAAUAAAAACUAAUAUCAUAAACAUACAAAUUCUUAAAAUUGGAUCAUACUCAUUUUUAACUCUUGGUUUAUUUGAAUUCUAAACAUGUAGAAGAGCUUGCAAGAACCAUAUUCUUUGCCACGUCCUAUAAAUAGUAUAUUAACAAUAUAGAAAACAAAUCCCCAGAACUGGAAUAGUCUAUUUUUUUUAUGGUAAAGACAGUAAAAUAAGUUUCCUCGCAUUUUAUCUUGGUAUAAUAUGAGUUUACUCGUAUACACGAUGAGUACAUAUCUCUCGAAUUAAUUAAGAUUGCAAAAAUCUUAAAAAUGAUCUUGAUCAAUGUUAUAGGUCCUUUAUCUACGGACGUCCCUCUCCUAUGGAAUGGCAUAUGUAGAAAAAAAAAAUGACUAAUGGCUAUUCUUGUCAAAUUAUAAGUCACACACAAAUAAAACAAAUUAAAGCAAAACAAAAAUAUCCUCUUGUGUUUUCUUUCUCCUCAUCGCUAUUUUUCUUUGUGUGUGUGGGAUUGAUUAUUGUUUCAAGCUAUCCUCUUCAACCCAUCAACCUCAUUUGUAAAAAAAAAAAAACUUGAAAGAAGAAGAAGAAGGAUCAACUUUUAAAAUGGAGGAUGAUUAUAGUAGGAUCUUGAUCCUUCUUCAAAUUUAAGAUCGAUAUUUUCCUUAAAAGAACAAUGCCUGUGCCAGAUCCAGGGGCGGGGCGAGUAUUCAUCUUUCUCAUUACCUUAUUUCUUUUCCUAUCAAUAGCUGUUGGAGGUGGUUGUCUGAUUGCAUACACAAUCCUCCCUUACCCUCCAGUUUGGCUUUCUUACCUCGGCAUUUUCUUUGUUUGUCUCCCUUGGUUUUUUUGGAUCCUAACAUUUGCCUACCGCAUUGUCUCCCGCACUUUUGGGUUUAGGAUGGUCAUUGGAUCAGGUGGUAAUAACAACAAUGCGACCGGAGAGUCCAAUGCACGUGAUAUUGAUCCUCCCGAGCAAUCUUUAGAGGCUCAAGAUGAUGAUCCUGAGGCAAUAGCUCACCCACAAGGGCAAGUUGAAGGGAACCAAUCGAAGAAAAGAAUGUCAACCUCCAGUAAUUCUACUGUUGAUUCACAUGAAAGUGAGAUGCCACUAGCCAUUUCUAUGGGUUCAUGAUCAUAUAUGUUUUGAUAUGAAAAAGGGAUUCUUGGUAUAGAUAGCAUCAUGAUGGAGAUGCUAAGCAGCCUCUUGAAAACAUGGGAGAUUUUGCUGUUUUUAUUUUGUAUCUUAUACAAAUAGAUUUGUAGAUUCGACAAAAAAAAAAGAAGAAGAAGGGAGAUUACACCUUUUACCAUUACUAAAGGUUCUCCUAAAACACAAACCCUAAAAAUCAAGAGAGAAAUGUUUGUUACAAGGGGUAUAGAUUAAGAUGUUUUCGGUGUGGUACAUGCGUAAUGCUGAUAUGAUGUUAUAGGGUAGAUUAACGUUUGAGAUUCAUGAAAUUCAUGUACCUUUUGUAUAUAAUAACUAGUUUAAUUUGUUAAUAUAAUACUUGUUGUGAAGCCUUCGAUUUUAGGGCUAACACUUGGAGGUUUUUUGAACUUGACUUACGAGCCAAGAUAUCGGAUGCUGGCAUAUGCAAAUGGCUCACUUUAUAAUGAUGGUGAAACCAAUAUAUAGUUACAUCUUCUUGAUACAACAACAAAAAAAUGUGUUUAGCGAGCAUUGACAUGCGUAAUUUGGAUAGGAACUUUAUGAACUUGUAAAGAGAGCUCGAAAUUCAAAUUCCAUUAUAAACACACAUACGCAUAAUUACAUUGGUUUCACCAACACUAAUCAGGACACAAUCUUUCGAAUAAUAUGAAAAACGACCAAACCAUUAGUAUCUAAAAUAAAUAUCUUAAAACAAAUAAAUAUCUAAAAUACUCUGUUCUAUAUUUAUUCGAAUAUGAUAUCUAAAA